CUGUCAAUUGUUGUCUGUCUUGUCGGUAUUAUUAACGUUAGCAAAAAUAUUGCAAAAUAUUACGCUAGUGUAAUUUAAAAAGUAAAAAUAUAUAAAUAUUAAAAAAUAGAAUUACUUUAAUCAACCGAAAUGAAUAAUAUAUAUAAACUUAAACUCACAGCUCUCGGCCAUCCGAACCCGGUAGGCUUUAAUUCUGAAGAUGAAAAAGAGUAUAGGAGUGUUGUUCUUUGGCUAGAAGAUCAAAAAAUUAGACAUUACAAAAUUGAAGAAAGGGAGGGCUUAAGAAAUAUUGAGUCUGAUAAAUGGAAGGAAGCGUACAAUACGUAUCAAAUGGAUUUGGUUAGUCCAGUCGUUGAAGGAACGCCUAAUGAACAGUUGAAUUGGUUAUUGUCAUAUGCAGUGAGAUUAGAAUAUGCUGAUAAUGUUACAAAAUAUAAAGAUGUCAAAGUGGAACAACCAAAACAGUCUACUCCAAAUGUUGUAUCUUCUAACCCAUUGGACAAUCUAAACUUUGAUAGCCCUGCCUUUAAAGCUGGUGUUGAAAGGAUUUGUGCCCUAACUGGAGUGGGACCUCAUUCUGACCCAAAAGUUCGUUUGUCUGCUGUAGCUAAAAUCUUAAAGAAAGCUCCCCACCCAGAUUUCCCAAAGAAUGAAUUCAACAUGGUACAGCAGCCAGUUGAUGUGUUAAAACUUCUUUUCAUACAAGAUCUAAGGGAAUUACAAACUAAAAUUAAUGAAGCUUUGGUGGCUGUACAAACAGUCACUGCUGAUCCACGGACAGACACAUCUUUGGGCAAAGUUGGAAGAUAAAUGUGUGUUGUAAAUGUAUAAAGUUUCAAUAAAAGAAAAUGAUGUAAUCUUUGUAUGCUACAUAUGAGACUAGUAAUUGUUUUAAUUUUUUACUGACAAAAAAAACUACAACAAAUACUUUUUCUAUAACCUAAAUAUAAAUUAUAUAUAUAUAAUCAAAAUUUAACUUUUUAUAUACAGGAAAUAUUAAUUUUGUCAUAUUCUUAUUAUUUUUACAGGCCAUAUUA